AUGAGUUAUCGAGCGGAUAAGAUAUUCGAAGCACUCGAAGAACAAAACCGAAAAUUGCACAAGCAUGUUGAAGAACAGGCUAAAACAACACCAGCAAACCGAUACGACAAAUCAUUUGAUGCGGAAGUCGUGUUGCUAGGGCCAGAUCAAAGAAAUAAUAAUCCUGAUCUCAAUCAAGAGAAUGAAUCGAAUACUGAGCAACCUGUUCGUGAUGAUAUUUUAGACGGCUCAGAUCAACUCAAUGAUAUGCAACAUAUGACUGAAUUUUCAUCAGAAACAAUCAGCAAACCUGGUGUUAGUAAACUAUCAUUACAGGAUGAUAGUACUGAGAGCAAUGAAGUUGGGACUAAGCUGUCGUUUCGAAAAAUCAUAGUAUCAUCAUACAACGAAAAUAGCGGUUCAUCAGAAGAAGAUCCAUUCUCCUCAGGUUCAAGCGAUAAUUAUGAACCGUCUAGCGAAAGUGAUUCGGAUUCCGAAACUGUCGAAAGUCCUGAUACACCAGUGCCGGCUGAGGAACCCAAAAGCACUUUUUCACGAGUGCUUAUGCCUGCUGAGGAACCGAAAAUCGCCGAUCCACCAGUGCCGGUUGAGGAACCCGAAAACACUUCCUCACGAGUGCUUAUGCCCCCUGUAGAACCCAGAAUCGUUGAUCCUGCAGUGCCGGCCGAGGAACUCGAGAGAACUAAUCCGCAAGUGUCUAUGCCUGCUGAAGAACCCAAAAUCGCUGAUCCACCAGUGCAUGUACCUGCUGAGGAACCCGAGUUCCCAGUAAAAGGCAAAAAGCGUGUCAAGAGGGUUGAGACAUGGGCCAAAGAAAAGGCAAAGAGACAGAAAAAUUCUGGAAAAGAAUACCAGUCGAAAAGUGCGUAUAUAGAUGGAGGGCUCUGUAUAGCUGAACUACACAGGAACUAUUCAGAAGAGAGAACCUAUUGUAAUAGAGAAGUUGCAUCUUACGAUACAUACGCUAAAGUUUUCAACACGGAAUACAAUAUAGGGUUCUUCUCUCCAAAAAAAGAUCAAUGUGAUCUAUGCGAAUCAUAUAAAAACGCGAGCAAUGAUGAAAGAAUCAAAUUAGAGGAAAAGUACAACAAACACUCAGAAGAGAAGGAUCUUAGUAGGAAAGUUAAAACUGAAGAUAAAGAGAAGGCAAAAGAACAUGGAGUAAUUCUGGCCGUUUAUGAUUUGCAGGCCGUUCUGCCUGUACCCAUGGGCCAAACAUCCGCAUUUUUUUACAAAAGUCGCCUCAAUUGUUAUAACUUCACGAUCACAAACAUAGGUAAUGACCAAACAAAAUCAUUUUUCUGGCAUGAAGGACUCGGUCACAGAGGAGCAAUAGAGAUUGGGACUUGUGUUCUGAAUUAUCUUCAAGAAAUAUCAGAAAACACACCUGGAAUGGAUGUGAUCUUUUAUUCAGACAAUUGUGGAGGACAACAAAAAAAUAGGUUCCUCAUCGGUGCAUAUUUAUAUGCAGUAGGACGAUUUAAUAUCAAAUCAAUAACACAUAAAUACUUAAUUCGCGGUCAUACUCAAAAUGAAGGAGACGCAAUACAUAGUGUCAUAGAAAGGGCUCUAAAACGAACAAAGAAAUCUGGACCCAUCUACGUGCCAGACCAGUACAUCACAGUCAUUCAAAAUGCUAGGAAGAAGGGAAACCCAGUCGAAGUUAAAGAAAUGGGAUAUGCAGAUUUUGUUGAUAUAAAAUCGUUAUACGACGACAUGGGUAUCAAUAUCUGUAGAGAUAUAGAUGGUAAUGAUUUCAAAAUCAACGAUAUUCGAAUUAUGCAAUUUGAAAGAGGUGCUGACGUAUUCCGUUUCAAGACAAGCUACAAGCAAGAGGAGUGGAGUUUUGUUUCUUUCAGGCCGAGAAGAAGACGUUCUGAGUUGAAAGAUAUUGAAACAGUUACCCUCAAACAUGCAUAUUCUGAAAAUAUAAAAAUUUCUGAGAACAAAAGAAAAGAUCUCAAAUCUCUUAUCGAAGCAAAUAUCAUUCCCAAAUUUUACAGAUAUUUUUAUGAUACAGUUACAAACUGA